AUGAAAUUAUCUCCCAUAUGUUAAACAUUGAUCCAUUCCAAAUCUAAUCCCUUGUCUCCAGUUAUUCAGAAUAUUAAGAAGCAUAGUAUUCAUAGUAUUGAAAAUGAUAAAAAAGAGAACAAGUAUAAAAUAUUAUUAAUGAAUUUUAAGUAAUCAGUUAGAAUUAAGAAUUAAUCAAUUAGUAGAAGAGAACAAAAAAGUUAAUCUAUAAUUGAAUGAUAAAAUUAAAGAAAAUGAAUAAUUAAGAGAUUAAAUUAUGGAAUAAGAAAUUCAAAUCAAUAAAUUAAAAGGAAUUGAACAUGAACUCAUGUUAAUCAAAGAAAUAUCUGAUAUAAGAUUUUAAGAUGUAAUAUAUUACAUUAUUUAAAAUAGUAUCAAAAAUGCAAAUAAUAAGCAGAACAAUUAUAUUAAGAGUUAACAGACAUACAAUCUGUAUUUUAAGAUUCCUCUACUAAAUUAAUCUGUCAAUCAGAAGAGAUUCAAUAAUGGAAAAUUAGAUACGCUGAAUUAGAUUCAACAAGAUUAUAAUAAUUAUAAGGUAAAAUUAACAAUAUAUUAAUAGAAUUGAAACAAUAAAUUCAUAAAUAAUAAGAUGAGGAUGAAUAAAAGUAAUCAUAUCUAAAGGCUAUAACAGAAAUGGAAAAAACUAUAUAAUCUUUAUAAGAUUAAUUAAAAGAGAAGGAACAUACAUUAAUAUUAGCAAAUGAAGAUAUUAAUUAAUGGAAAAUUAAAUAUUCUAAGGUAUAAAUCUAGCAAAAGUAAGUAUCUAAUGAUAAGGAAAAGGAUUAAAAAAUAUAAAUGUUAAUAGAUGAAAUUGAAAGAUUAAAUGAUUUAUUGGGUUAAAGAAAUGAUGAAAUAUAUACACUCAAAAGAUUGACUGAAAAAACUGCUUAACUUAUUUCUAUAAGUUAAAGAGCAUAAAGGUCUGCUAGUGGUCAAAAAUAUAAAUGA